GAGCUGUGCUCAGUAGGGAUUUCAGCGGCUGAUUUUUUUGUAAGUAGACUGCCGGCCUCUGGAUUUGAACCUGCAACCUUUCCAGCGUUACCCGUGUGCGCCACCCAGGGACUCCAGAGGUUGAAUACCCAGCAGUAAAUGGCGGGGGUGGGGAGUGUCUGUUGGCUUUCUCUUAUCUGUAUAGCUGUCAACAUCUGUACAAAUACUGACGUGGGCUUUGGGAGGAGAAAUUACUUAGGGGUUCACCCCCCAUCCUUCAGUUCUUGGCGCUCACCCCAAACCGCUCAUGGGAAGCUUCAAGUGCUAUAGCCCUUACCUGUGCUGCUCGAAUGCGCUCAGAGCAGGCCUGAGGCUGCCAGCUGCCUCCUUUUUGCUCACAGCCUGAAAAUGGGUGUAUGUGCCAAUGGCAAGACAAAAAAGGUCUGGCGUGUGCCUGAUCAGAAUUAUUCUGAUCUGAAGAUCUUGGUGUUUAAAGCAGUGAGAUAAUAGCUUUCAGUUGUUCAUGGAGUUUUUCAUCAGUAUGUCUGAAACCAUUAAAUAUAAUGACGACGAUCAUAAAACUCUGUUUCUGAAAACACUAAAUGAACAGCGUCUGGAAGGAGAGUUUUGCGAUAUUGCUAUCGUGGUGGAAGAUGUGAAGUUCAGAGCGCACAGAUGCGUCCUCGCCGCCUGCAGCACCUACUUUAAAAAGCUCUUCAAGAAGCUCGAGGUCGAUAGCUCUUCAGUAAUAGAGAUAGAUUUCCUUCGUUCGGAUAUAUUCGAAGAGGUCCUGAACUACAUGUACACGGCCAAGAUUUCCGUCAAGAAGGAAGACGUCAACCUAAUGAUGUCAUCCGGUCAGAUUCUUGGUAUCCGGUUUCUGGAUAAACUCUGUUCUCAAAAGCGUGAUGUAUCUAGUCCUGACGAAAACAGCGGCCAGUCCAAAAGCAAGUAUUGCCUCAAAAUAAACCGCUCCAUUGGCGACGCCGCGGACACUCAGGAUGACGACGUGGAGGAGAUCGGAGAUCAGGACGACAGUCCUUCUGACGAUACGGUAGAAGGCACCCCCCCGAGCCAGGAGGACGGCAAGUCGCCCACGACCACACUCAGGGUUCAGGAGGCGAUUCUCAAAGAGCUGGGGAGUGAGGAAGUCCGCAAAGUAAACUGCUACGGUCAGGAAGUCGAAUCCAUGGAGACCCCGGAAUCCAAAGAUUUAGGGUCCCAGACCCCUCAAGCCUUAACUUUCAAUGAUGGGAUGAGUGAGGUGAAAGACGAGCAAACCCCAGGCUGGACAACGGCCACCAGCGACAUGAAGUUCGAGUACCUGCUUUAUGGACAUCACCGCGAGCAGAUCGCCUGCCAGGCCUGUGGCAAGACGUUUUCUGAUGAAGGCCGACUGAGGAAGCACGAGAAACUCCACACGGCGGACCGGCCGUUUGUCUGCGAGAUGUGUACGAAAGGUUUUACCACACAGGCCCACCUGAAAGAACACCUAAAAAUCCACACGGGCUACAAGCCCUACAGUUGUGAGGUGUGUGGAAAGUCCUUUAUUCGCGCCCCAGACCUAAAGAAGCACGAGAGAGUGCACAGUAAUGAAAGACCCUUCGCGUGCCACAUGUGUGACAAAGCCUUCAAACACAAGUCCCACCUCAAGGACCAUGAGAGGAGACACAGAGGGGAAAAGCCUUUCGUGUGUGGUUCCUGCACCAAGGCCUUCGCCAAGGCGUCUGAUCUGAAACGGCACGAGAACAAUAUGCACAGUGAAAGGAAGCAGGUUACUCCCAGUGCCAUCCAGAGCGAGACAGAACAGCUGCAGGCUGCAGCCAUGGCCGCCGAAGCUGAGCAACAGCUGGAAACGAUAGCCUGUAGCUAGAGGUGAUGGGACGGGGGCGCUGUGCCUGGGCGGCAAGGCUGAGGACAGGGAGCCUGGUCAGCGAGUGCCAGUCCCUGUGCUUUUGUGGAAACUUACGGGGCGUCGUGCUCACUGGACUCAAGGCAGGGCUUGGUUAGGUAUUUUUAAAACUUUUCCAGGAAAUCCGUUCCUAGGUUCUGACCAAACGGUUCCACUGUCCUGUCCGCUGUCUGCUAUUAGUGUCGCCAGUAAGUCCGUCUGUCCCCACACCCCCUUUUUAUGGUUUUAAUUUGAGAGCUCUGGUGUCUAGUUUAGAAGUGAGCGACUUGUAUUCCAUUUUUAACUGCUCUUUGUGCUGCACGGUGGAGUGCACUGUACAGAAUCAGAACUGAGUAAAUUGAUUUCUUAAUCGUCACGCCGAUGCGUGACUUACGGUCAAAACAGCAGUUUUAAUGACAGAAGUACUCGAUGUAGACGUAGAAAACCUUGGUGGGUGGUUUAUACCGACAACGCUUGACAAGUGGGAAAGCAAGUCCUGAAAAUCUAGAAUGGUAUCACAUUUUUGUUUGGUUUCUUAAUUUUAUGUCACUGUUUUUCGCUGUUUUUUUGCGGGCAAAUAAUGGUUGCUUUGCUGAAGUGUUUCUCCAUUUGUAUUGCCCCAUACCUACUCCAAAGGAUGUAGUCAUUUGUACCAAGGGCUGAGCAGACCCCGUGGAUGUUGGUGGUCUUGGGGCAACGUUCUAAUGUUCCUCAUCUUCUGGGCAUUGCUGCAUACAGAAUGGGUUUGCCCAUGGGAGCAGUCGGGAGAGGAACAGCAAAGGGUACAUAAGGGCCUGGCCCUUAAGAGACAAGCUUGCCACAUUUGCAACAAUCCCAAGAUGUUAUAGAUCAAAAUAAUUGUUAAUUGAUUUUGAAACUGGAUUUUUAUUUAGGAUAAGAAUUAGGACAAGCACAGGUAUGCUCCUUCAAAUACAUUUGUAUACAUUAACAGAAAGUCGUCAAGCUUUUGGGCUCUCUCUGCAGCACCUCAUCUAUCCACAAGAGAGAUGCAAUAUGCUUAAUUAACUUAAUAAAGUUAAAAUCUUUUAAGUGUGUAAAUAGUAUAGGACUGUUGGUCUUACGUAUUUCAAGUAAAAGUAGACGGCUGCUCUUUUUUUUUGCACAUUGGAUUAAAAUAACCUCCAUCAGCAGCAAACAUCAGACUGUCAGACCAAAUGUUUGUUUUUGAACCAUGUUUCCUCACAGGUUACAGUUUUAAAUAGAAGUUGAUUGCCUUUUUCUAGCCGUAAAUCAGAAUUACACACUCUGUUACAGUUCUGGUGUACUAAAUGUUUCUUUUAACUAUUUCUUUAGGAAUAUAUUGAAAUGCCAGCAAUAGUUUGAAUUAUGUUCUGUAAUAAAGUACUAAUCCAUUAGAGUAUGUACGAUUUUAGAAGAAUGUCAACUUUUAAUUCAUUUUUUGUUGCUAGGAUUUUCUUUUUAAAAAAAGAUACAUUAAAGUAAUCUCAUUUCAUAGCUUCUUGCCUUGGCACCUGUAAUUACUAUUGUGGGAAAAAUUUUGUUUUUUAAAUUGGUAUGUAUGUUAUGCCCGAGAUUGUAGGAUGAAGAUGCUACCUUUUAAAGAAUUUAUUUAUUGGUAAAAUGUUUAAUUUAGUUUAAUUUAAUUUCUUUUUUCAAAAGUUGUUUGUUCUGUACUCCAAGUAGUCCUGUCACUGUGUUUAUAUGCUGUUGGUAGAAGGGGAACUGGGGGAUGUUCCGAGGCUGUUUUAACCAAAGCGAGGGAGAAAUAAUUUAACAUCCUGUCAAUAGCGACUUCAACAAACCAUUUUGUGGGCCUUCAUUUUUGUAUAUAAAAGAAAAUAUGCUUAUAUCAUUCCUGUUUCCAUUUCUUCGUAGCCACCUUUCACACGUCCAUGUUUCUUCAGCAUGUAAUGUCUGUAUUUUCUUCGUCAUGGUUUUAUGGAGUUCCGAGGUAAGCGUGCAGUAGUAAGCCCAGCUGAAGUCACGUCAUCACGGUGGUACCCUCUGAAAGGAAGCUUAGUUUUCAGCACUUUCUUUGUAUUAUGCGAAUAGUUAGCAUUUGGCCUGUUUUCCAUGAGAAGUGGUUGUGUUGUGAUUCUCCCCCCACUAGUAGGUCCCUGUGUGUGUGUGUGGGGUGGGGGGUGUCUUUUUGCUUAUUUGGUGGGAGCAGAGUCAUAACGUGGCUGCUCCGCUGCCUGCUGGGCCCUGGUCACCAAGACGGCCUGUCCUGACCCAGCCGCCUUUGAUUACCCUGGGUGCUGAAGCCAGCAUGGUAGAUUCUUCAAGGGCAUCUCCACCACUGUGGGGAGUUACUUCUGGAGCAUGCCUACACGGAAUCCGAGGGUGGGAGGGAAGGCACUUCAAGUGCCAAUCUUACUACCUUUUCAUUAUUUACAAAUCCUUUACUUUUUUCUGUUUCUGCAAAGAGAAGGUCCACGAGCUUGAUACUGACUUUUAUGCCAACUUGCGCUGCAUUGGAACUGAAUAAAGAAGUGAAUUUUAGGAAGUCUCAAUUUCAGGUAAUUUGCCUGCUAAUUAACUUGGUCACUAAUUGAGAAUUGCUAGAAAUUAUUGGGGUCACCAUCAAGUGAGCCCGAUACUUCCUCCUCUUUCGUUGGUGGUGGGGGAGAUUUCGCGUGAGGGAGGUGAUGCAAAUUCAUGGAGUUUCCAACUUGAUGGAUUAUGUCGUGUGAGGUUGUCUGUGACUCAGUCAUUUAGAGUUCGUUUUCCUGUAGUAAUGCCGUUGGUGGUGGUUAGUUCCCAGAGUAGCCAUUGAAAGCCUACUGAGUAAGGGUGGUAGAACUAGUCUAGAAGUGUUACGAAUUCUGAGUCAUAGGAGCCAGAGCCACAGCUUGCAGGAGAGAAUGGAGAGCUCUCUCACCUUCUUGUCUGCUUUUUACGUUUAAUGUUUCCCUCCCUUUCUCCGUUACCCGCCUCUGCAGACGUAUGGGAGAUAGAUCUAAGACACCAGGCUCGAGGCAGGGUGACUGUUUACAGCAAUCACAGUGAGAGCUGAGGGCAUGCAUACAUGCUCAGGCUGCCUUCUAAUAACUUCACCCGAAUCAGCAGGGUCGUCGGCGAUGGGGAACUCACUCCCCACCCGAUGGUGCCUUCCUCCUUGAGACAUCUCCGACUGCUACGUGGUUUUCUGAAGUCUCCCUCGUGUUUGCAUAGCCCCUUGGAACUGGGAACUUUCUCUCCCUUGGACUCACUCAAAACAAGUGUAAUCUUGCAUCUGCUUGGCAGCACUUCAGUCGUGUAAAGAUAGCGUGCCAUUCGUUCUGCGUGUAUUUAUCAUCAGGCCCCAGGUACUGGACUGGGCGCUGGAGAUGCCAAGGCAGAAGAGGUUUGGCCCCUGCCCACCAGAGCUGUGCCCCUUCCCGUACUUAUCUUUGCGUUCCUUUAGAAAACGAGAGUGAUAUUUGCCUGUCCCCAUCAUCCAUGAUUCCUUAAAGGCCACCACCUGGAUCUUAUUCCAAGGUCGCUGAGUCUCGUUUAUCUGGGUCAUGACAGAUGCUAGCAUUUGGUGUGUUUUCAUGAUCUCCUCAAGAGAUACUCCCAAUGACCAAUAUCCACUUAAGUCUUUUCAGCGUAACAAGGAGGAAGUGUGGUUUAGUGGAAAGAGUUUGGAGUAAAACUUGGAUUUGGAUCCUGGUUCAGCUGCUUGAUUAACCUAGUACGUUCAGGCACAUUCUUGACUUCCCUGAGAGUGUCGUUGUCUCUAAAGCAGUGGUGGGAAUUUCUGCUUCGUGGGCUGUGUACCUGGUACAACGCAUUCAGCUCAGCACCCAGCACUUUUUCGGUGUUCCACAAGCACGUGCUUCUUCCUAAACAGCAUUCGCAGCAGAAAAGGGAAACUGAGGUUCUACUUUGAUUCUAACGUCUGUAAAUUCCACCAUCACUGGCCGCGAGCUGUAGACCUCAUUUUGUCCUCACUGAAAAUAUCUACAGAAGCUCUUCUCGUCUUAGCAUUUAUGUAAGCUUGCACACCUUUGGGGCUUUGUUCUUACGAACCUGAGCAGUCGUUUGACAGUUUUCUUUGGUUCGGUUUUGUAAUCCGCCAUUAUUUGUGCACAUUUUUAAGUAGGUCGCUGGAGUGUAGUCACGUGUAAACACUGGCUUCUGUAGAUGACUCCCUGUUUUUCCUUGGGAAUGUUUGUGA